CCCAUCGCUCCCUUUCUUCACCCAUCUUCUCCUGACUCCUUCGUCUUCUUCAAACGCAUCCGGGAGAGAGAGAGAGAGAGAUAGAAAGUGAGCUUUCAGAAAUGGCUUCCACUGCUCUCUCACAUUCGCUUUUCUCCACCCUCAACGCUCACUCGCCAAUCUCCCGCAGGGGAAACAUCGUCCACAAAUCUCCUCCCCUCUCCUUUAACCGAUCGCUGCCCGUGAAAUUCCACCCCAUAUCGGUCCAAUGCGAUAAAACCCAGACCAGUUUCAUCGCCAGAUGUGCACCGGCCGACAUUGAAUCGCCGGCCACCAAGACUGAAACCCCCAUUGAAUUGAGGUACCCAUCAUUUCCGACCGUGGUUGAUAUCAAUCAGAUUAUGGAUAUUCUGCCGCACCGCUAUCCAUUUUUGCUGGUCGAUAGAGUAAUUGAGUACAAUCCCGGAGUUUCAGCUGUGGCAAUCAAGAAUGUUACCAUUAACGACCAGUUCUUCAAUGGUCACUUCCCCGGGAGGCCAAUCAUGCCCGGGGUUCUCAUGAUUGAGGCAAUGGCGCAGGUAGGUGGGGUGGUGAUGCUGCAGCCGGAAGUGGGAGGCUCGCGCAGCAAUUUCUUCUUCGCAGGGAUUGACAAAGUGAGGUUCCGGAAGCCUGUUGUCGCGGGAGAUACAUUGGUGAUGAGGAUGACACUCACCAAGCUCCAAAAGCGAUUUGGGAUUGCAAAGAUGGAAGGGAAAGCCUAUGUGGGAGGCGACCUGGUUUGCGAGGGUGAGUUUUUGAUGGCCACCGGCACCAGCGAGUAGAGUAGAAGAAGGGGAAGAAGAAACUGUUUAUCAAUGGCUUUUUUAUUAUUAUUACUUAUAAAAAAUCUUUUUUUUUUAUCAAAGGCUGGUUGAUUUUUGGGAUAAUUGGUGCUUCUGCUUCCAACUAUCCACUUAUUUCUCAUUGAUCAAAAGCUGGUUGUUUCUGAAUCUUAUAGAGGAUGGUGAUGAUUAUAUGAACAUGUAUUUGGUUUUUGGUUUAUUGAUACUUCACAUUUAACUAUAUAUAAUAUGAGUUUAGUCUUUACUCUAGAUUUGAGUUUUCGUACUUAGGUCAUGUU